AUGACGAGCGCCGCCAUUCGUGACAGGCUAUACAGCCUCUGGGCCACUCUGACUGAUCCGAGGAUGGACCAGCUUCUUCAGCGCGACAAUGUUGUACCAUCCAGCUUUCUCACCGAUAGCAAUAUUAAUCUAAUUCUCGACGACCUCUCACCCUCACAAACCGCAGGAGAGAACCUAGAGAAGAAACCGCCUGUUCUUUUCCUCCGGCGUCCUACCACCAUCAUUACUGACCACCCCAUUAAUCAUUACAACGAUUUUUUCAGGAGCGUGCGCAUAGACCCCUCGCCGGCGGUUCGGUUGGAGAAGAUUUUUAGUAGCGAGUGGAUGCCCUUCUACCGCGGAAUGCCUCUCGCCCGCUACCUCGACGACUGGGCCAUGGGCGGAUACCCCCGUUUCAUCCCACACAACGUCCCAGAUCUUGCCACGUUAUGCGGAAUCCAUAGCGUUGCAACCCCCCACGCGUUGAAUGCGGAGACACGCGGGUUCCUGAGAGCCGGCCCACCCACCGGCAUCCAGUGGGAAACCUACAUCUACGAGUACAGCGAGAGCAAGCCCGAUGGUAGUACUGUCAACCCUCACCUGAUUCUACUAUCCGCGCAGUCCUGCACCGGCGUAGACAACACCAUCAGCUUGGGCGAGCUUACGACCAUUGUCACUGCCAUGCGCUGCCGAGCAUAUCAGCCCGCUGUCUUUGAUGAAGACGCCGUCCUGGUCGGCGACGUGGAGCAGUCGGAAGACGGUAACCCCAAGCCAGAUGACGAACGGAAGCUGGCGUUCAAGGACGAAAAGAGGUUCCCGGUCAUCAUGGUUUCCCUCGUCGGCCCCCAGCAUGCCAGGGCUAUUUAUGCCUGCAUGGACGGCUUGAAGCUUUGCAUACGAAUGUCGCGAUGCUACAUGAUACGCACGGACAGCGAGGAAAUGUUGCAUAAUAUCGCCGGUGUCCUUCUCAGUAGUCCAUUGACGGAGAAUGCUUAG